AUGGGCAAGUAUAACAAAAACAAGCAGACUCGUUCCCAAGACGCCAAAAACACCAGCCGCAACUCACCUCCGAGACAAGUUGCCAGGAGAUCAAAUCAUGUUGUCACUCUGACUAGACGGGAUGAAGAAUGCCGUUUCAUUCUCGAUAUUCUCACAAGCUACUUCGCACCCUUCGAAAUUCCAAGGUUCACCAAUCUCAUCGAGCAUCGCCCUUGGCGUGAGAAUGGUAUCUACACUACACACUCAGCGGAACCUAUCCUUCCUGAUAUCUGGGAUGGCCUCACUGUACGUAUUGUAAAGUUUGAUCAGGAAAGACUCGUGCAAGUUUACCUCGCUAUUGCAGGAUCACUCAACAACGCAGUCUCGAUACCCUCAGCCGAGUCGCUUCGUGUGGUGCCUUACGAGUAUAUCAUGGACAUGGGUGUGAGGGUAAGUGUACAGAUCGAGGACUCAGUUCAUGGACAAUGGCUGGCUGCUUGCAUGAUGGAACUUGGUAAGUCAAUUGCAGGUCAGGAACAGGGUGUUGGUGGUAAUGCUAGGGAUGCAGAUAUGAUGGGUAUAUACUGA